AAAAGGACGCUGACGUCAAUGUCAAAGUAAACCAAAGAAAUCUGGCUGCCAGAGGACUGAGUAGCACUUUGGAGAAGUAAGCCUGCUGCUCAAUUUGGGGAUCGGGAAGCAGCAGGCAAGGCAACUUAGCUUGUGCACCCCAGCUGAAUAAACAGUGCCACCCCUUUUGGUUCCAAUGCUAUAUUUAGAAGAGAGACAGAGAGAGAGAGACAAAAAGAAAGGACUUUUAAUAUUCCGUUUGCAAUGCUUUCUCAGCCUCACAAUUCCCAGGCAUCUUGGGUGAAAAGCCUCGAUUCCAUAGGUGAGAUUAUUUUGAUCUGUUUCCACAUCCAUCUGUUUCAGAGUCCGCUAAUAGAGGCAGCAGGUUGUCCAAGACUGAUGUUCAGAUGCUGAGGAAACUGUGGGGCACACAGUACCAGGUGGGACCUGGAGUUCAGUAGAGGAGCAUCUGCUUUGAAGACAGGUUUCGUCCCCGGCGUCUCCAGGCGCAAGGAAACCAUUGGCCAUGGAGUCCUCCAAGAUCCAUACCAACUCUACAGCAUCCAUCAAUAGCAGCAGUCUGUUUACCAAAUUUAUCCACUUGGAUAAAGAACUGUCAAAGCCAUUUUACACUUUGUGGAUAGUACUGGUGGUGGUCAACGCCAUCAUCUUCCUGGUGGGGGUGGUAUUGAACUCAUUGGCUCUCUAUGUCUUCUGCUUCCGCACAAAGACCAAAACCACCUCCGUCAUCUACACGAUCAAUCUGAUCAUUACCGACUUGCUGGUGGGCUUCUCCUUGCCCAUCAGGAUCAUCAUGCACUACAGUGCCCCAGACUGCGAGCGCUGCGCCCUUAUCCACAUCUUCACCUACUUUGUCAACAUGUAUUGCAGCAUCCUCUUCCUGACGUGCAUCUGCAUUGACCGGUACUUGGCCAUCGUCCAAGUGGAAGCCUCACGCAAGUGGAGGAACCCCAACUACGCCAAGGGCAUCUGUGCUUUCAUCUGGAUCUUUGCCACAGUGGUCACUUUCUCCAUCCUCAUCAUGGCCAUGCAUUUCUCUGUUGCCAAGAUCUUGCCCCUGAUGGUCUGCGAGUACUUUUUCCCCCUUAUCAUCAUCACAUUCUUCACCACUAGGAUCAUGUGCGCCCUCUCCAAGCCGACGCUCAUGCACCAGAGCCGUGAGAGGCGGAUGAGGGCAGUGCAGCUCCUCAUCACCGUCCUCAUCAUCUUCAUGAUCUGCUUCACCCCUUUCCAUGUGCGCCAACUGGCCAUCUCCAUCAACCCAGACAUGCCCAAUGACAUCAGUGUGAUUGUGUACCAUGUGACCGUCACCUUGAGCAGCCUCAACAGCUGCAUGGACCCAAUUGUCUACUGCUUUGUCACCAACAAUUUCCGGUCGUCCAUGAAAAACAUCUUCAGGAAGUCUGAGCCUGAACAAACCAGUGGAGACAUCAUCAGCGUGAACAAGGGCUCUGGUUCCAAUGCCAUUAUAGGCUUCUCAAAUGCUAUAGGGAGCCCACGGGGCUUGCCUUCACUGAACAGUAUGGCAAGCUCCUAGAGGCAUGGAGAUUCCCAUGUACAAUGUGGUUGGAUACGUGGUUCUAUCCUCUUUUCUAAGAGUACUUUAGAAUAUCACAUUUACCUCCAGCAAACUGGCAGCAGAACUUCCUGUGCUCUCCAGUUGCACUGUCCAUGUGUGUUAUGGCAGCUGGUGCUUUCACCUGGGAGUAAUAUCAUGAUGUUUCCACUCAAGUACAAGUUGCAGGAGCGUAUCCCAGGGGGCACUCUGCACCGUGAUCUAACAAGAGAUCCUUCGGCCUGGGAACCACAGAGAAGGACAAGUGCAGCUACGCAUUUUUGGCCGGUCUAUCCACAUCUCCAUGAUACUUGGAGGACUGAAAACAAAUAAGGGUGGUUUAAAGACAGCAAGUAUUUGUUCAGAUGCCUGUACUACAGACUUUUACAAGUGGCACAGAAGGAACUAUAGCAAGGACCUGUAUUUUCAGAGGAGAUAAAGCAAAAUGUUGCAGAAAACUGGUGGUGGUAAUUCAAAACGGGGGUGUCCAGUACUGCUAGAUCCUCAGUGACUGGCAAGAGUUUCUGACUCCCAAAAUUGUAACUACAGCAAGCAAAAAAAAUAUAAAAAAAUCUGUCAUAGGUGACCUUGUGCUAAUCACUUAAUCUCUCAGCCUCAGUGUUCUUUGCCUGUGGAACAGGAGUAUAAAUUAAAUAAACACCAGGUCUUUGUGCGGCUCUGCUGGGCAGUCUGGAUUUCUGUAUUAAAAUCCCUAAUCUGCAGUAACUCAGAUUUGUACUUGUAUAUGCAGGCUAUCCUAUGGCAUGGUUCAUUGGGCAUGGCAGGUAAUUGGCUCCGCCCUGGAACUUCUAAUUUGCAUUUGUCUCUGCCCCAUCCUCUGAGCCACUCAUUUGCUCCUGGCACUCG